UGUGGGUAAUUUUAAGCUGAGCAUUGGGUCAGUUUUAAUUUGCCUACUUUUUGGGAAACCCUGCAAUGAAUUAUCAUUCGGUUUCUGUCUGUUCACUGUUCAGUCAGGUUAAUUUAAAUGUGGUAAUUAGUCAGUAGUGAACUGCUGAUAGUUAGUUGUGUAAUCUCUCAAUUCACAUUCUGUAUAGUCGCACUGAUUUUCAUGAAAUUACUUUGUUUCUGUUCCAAAUAACAAUAAUUUAUUUGAACAAAACAUCUCUUUAGAUCGUUUAUUAAAUUGCAUUAUGGCAUCAGCUAUGGACGUUGAUGAUGAUGAGAUUGAAUUACCUACUUCCAGUAGCAGUAAAGGUGAGAAGAAAAGGUUUGAAGUUAAAAAGUGGAAUGCCGUUGCUCUGUGGGCCUGGGACAUAGUGGUUGACAACUGUGCCAUCUGCCGUAAUCACAUCAUGGACUUAUGCAUUGAAUGCCAGGCCAACCAGGCCUCCGCAACCAGUGAGGAAUGCACUGUUGCCUGGGGUGUCUGCAAUCAUGCAUUUCAUUUUCACUGUAUAUCUCGAUGGCUGAAGACUAGGCAAGUCUGCCCUUUGGACAAUAGAGAAUGGGAAUUCCAAAAGUAUGGACACUAGUGUUUGGAAUUGGCUACUCUUACGGAACUUCACUACAAGACACGCAAAUUUAACAAAUAUUCAAUAAUUUUUUGUAAUAAUGCUUUCUAGAAUUUAAAAUAAUAAAAUUUUGUUUUUCUCAAAUUAAAUUAAUUUUUUCUCUAAAAAUUA